AUGUCCAGAAUCCUUCCAUCAGUGGACCUGCUAUUUAACCUGGAUCGCAUUACUACCGUUGAACACUUACUCAAGUCAGUCUUGCUGUACACUGUCAAUGACUCAGUUUCUUUUUCCUCUGCUAUCAAGUGUGUGUGCAACCUGAUGAUGAAGGAGCCAAAGUUUUCUAGCAAGACUCUCCCCAGAGGUCCAUACUCAUUUACCUUUAAAUCACAGUUUGAGUUUGGAAAGAAACACAAGUGGAUUGAAAUUGAUGUGACCAGCCUCCUUCAACCUUUAGUGGCCUCCAACAAGAGAAGUGUUCACAUGUCUGUAAAUUUUACAUGCAUGAAAGACCAGCUGCAGCAUCCUUUAGCACAGAAUGGUUUGUUUAACAUGACUCUUCCGGUACCACCCUCACUCAUCUUAUAUUUGAAUGACACAAGUGCUCAGGCUUAUCACAGGUGGUAUUCCCUUCACUAUGAAAGGAGGCCUUCCCAGUGUCCUGACCAGGAGAGAAGUCAGUCUGCCUAUCCUGUGGGAGAAGAGGCUGCUGAGGAUGGGAGAACUUCCCAUCACCGUCACCGCAGAGGUCAGGAAACUGUCAGCUCUAAAUUGAAGAAGCCUCUGGUCCCAGCUGCCCUCAAUCUAAGUGAGUACUUCAAACAGUUUCUUUUUCCCCAAAAUGAGUGUGAGCUCCACGACUUUAGACUUAGCUUUAGUCAGCUGAAGUGGGACAACUGGAUUGUGGCUCCGCACAGGUACAACCCUCGAUACUGUAAAGGGGACUGUCCAAGGGCAGUUGGACAUCGGUAUGGCUCUCCAGUUCACACCAUGGUACAGAACAUCAUCUAUGAGAAGCUGGACUCCUCAGUGCCAAGACCAUCAUGUGUACCUGCCAAAUACAGCCCCUUGAGUGUGUUGACCAUUGAACCUGAUGGCUCAAUUGCCUAUAAAGAGUAUGAAGAUAUGAUAGCUACAAAGUGUACCUGUCGUUAACAAAUGGUCCUCUUAAAACCUUGAGCCUAUUUGGCAAAGUAUCUGUGCCUUCAAGAGAAAGCUUCAUAUGUUAAGUCUCAAUAAAAUGCAGCAUAUGUUGUAUAAAGAGGAGCCUGUGUAGAUUAGUACCUUACAUGGCAUCUAUCAGGAUAACGGGAUAACAUCAAUCGUUGCUUCAGAGCCUUUUUUUAUUUCCAAAUUUAAAUGAAAUAUAAUUAUUGUAGAGAACUUUACAUUUUUUUCCUUGAGCUAUUUUCUUUUCAUAGGAGUCUUUUUCUUGAUAGGGAAAACCUUAAUUAGCAUAAAUCCUGGAUGGACUUGCACUAUAAAUAGGCAAUUCAGAUUGUAGUCUUAAUAGAAAAAUAAAUUUCUGUCAA